GGAAUCUCUGACGUGGCCUGGUCGUCAGAUUCAAACCUUCUUGUUUCCGCCUCAGAUGACAAAACCUUGAAGAUAUGGGAUGUGAGCUCAGUUCAUUUUAAUCGGGAUGGGUCCUUGAUAGUUUCAAGCAGCUACGAUGGUCUCUGCCGCAUCUGGGACACUGCGUCGGGCCAGUGCCUGAAGACGCUCAUUGAUGACGAUAACCCCCCGGUGUCGUUUGUCAAGUUCUCUCCCAACGGCAAGUACAUCCUGGCUGCCACGCUGGACAACACCCUGAAGCUCUGGGACUACAGCAAAGGCAAGUGCCUGAAGACGUACACUGGCCACAAGAAUGAGAAGUACUGCAUAUUUGCCAACUUCUCCGUUACUGGCGGGAAGUGGAUUGUGUCUGGCUCGGAGGAUAACCUGGUUUACAUCUGGAAUCUUCAGACAAAAGAGAUCGUGCAGAAGCUACAAGGCCACACAGACGUCGUGAUCUCCACCGCCUGCCACCCGACGGAGAACAUCAUCGCCUCGGCUGCGCUGGAGAACGACAAGACCAUCAAGCUCUGGAAGAGCGACUGCUGAGGCGGCUGCCGACUGCUUGGUGGCGGGAGGGCGGGAGACGCAGGCCGCCGGCCGGCUGGGGCGGGACUGCAGGGCGCGGCUCCCCCGGAAGGUGGGGUGGCCGUGGGGAGGCGUGGCCCGCAGAGUUCCAAAGCCGCGGGGGCACGUCUGGCCCCGUCUCCUGCUCCAUCAGGGAGUCCUCGUCUGCGUUGUGUUCACAGAGUUCACAGAAGUUUUUAAUUUUUUAUUACAAAAGGGUGAAGUUCAACUUGC